AUGCUAAACUGCACUAGACCUGACACACCAUCACUGCUAGAAGCUCUGGGACCCGUGUUCAACAUGAGCUCCAUUCGACCUGUUAUGAAUGCAUCGACCCCAACCAACAUCACCAUUAGCUUUGUACUGGCGGGCAUUUUAGGCGUGGAUGAAAAGGCCCAACUACUUACAACGUAUAUCUGGCAAACUUUGAUUUGGAAAAACGAGUUUGUGAGAUGGGAUCCAGAACAGUGUGGAAAAUCAUUGAUUACCAUCCCACGAGAGCUGCUCUGGGUGCCAGACGUGGUCAUUAAUGAAUUCAUGGGCAAGAACACAGCUCCAUUCGUCCCAUACAGCUACCUGUCUUCUGAUGGUUUUGUUACUGAUAAAAAGCCCGUCAGAGUGGUCAGCUCCUGCAGACUCGACAUCUACACAUUUCCAUUUGACACCCAGAACUGCAGUUUAAGCUUCAACUCCUAUUUACACACUAUUUCUGCUGUGUUCAUCAACCACACCUCUGUAGACGAAAUGUUACAGAGAUCUAAAGAGGUGAUGGCAACGAUGGGUGAAUGGGAACUGAUUGGAAUCACAGUGAAGACAUUUCAGUUUCCAACAAAUUUGGGGGAUGACUACCAAGAGAUUCGCUUCUUUGUGUCGAUGAGCCGCAGAGCCACCAUGUACGUGGUCAACCUUCUGAUCCCCAGCUGCUUCCUCAUCGCAGUCGACUUCCUCAGCUUCCUGCUGCCUCCCAAGAGUGUCGACCGAUCCUUGUUCAAGAUGACUCUGAUCCUGGGCUAUACCGUCUUCCUGCUCAGCAUGAACGACCUGCUGCCAAUCACCGGAGACACCAUACCUCUACUGAACGUGUUCCUGUCUCUGUGCCUGACUAUGAUGGUAGGGAGUUUACUGGAGACGGUUCUCAUCACCAACCUGCUGUGUGGCUCCGCUCACUAUCCUGUCCCUCGUUUUAUCCGAGUGUUAGUCCUUCACAUCCUGGGCUUCCUUGUGCUGCUUCCUCCAAAAUCCAGAGACCCAGAGGACACGGUCAUUCAAAAUCCUGCAGCACAAGCAGAAAUUAAAGACUCCUCCCUGGUAGCAGAAAGCAGCAGGGAUCCAGAACAGAAAAGCCCACUAGAUGAGGACAAGGCGCUGCAGGAACUAAGGAGUGUGGGCAGGGAGCUCCAGGUUCUCCACCUUCAGCUAAAGCAGCAGCUGGAGGGAAACCAGAACUCAGAGGACUGGAUCCAGGUGGGUUUAAUCAUAGACCGCCUGGUGUUCUGCCUCUACAUGAUCUUCAUAGCAGUCAGCUUCAUUACUAUCAUUGUUUUGUGGAUGCAGUCACCCAACAAAUCCUGA